UAACUCAGAGUAAGCUUCCCUUGAAGGGCGCAUCACUCCGCCAAACGAUUAUAAACGUGUUCUAGGUUAACUGCAAACGCUUUGCUCAAACGAAGAAACAUGGAAAGCAUUGACGAAAUACGAGAAAGGGUUACUAUAACGGAGUUCGGCGUGACAAAUGUUCACAGUUCAGAUUUCCCCGGCAACUAUGAAGGAUAUGAUGAUGCUUGGGACCAGAAGAAGUUUGAAAAGAAAUUCAAGGUUGAGAUUAUUAAGUUGCAAGGUGAUGAGUUGGAGUUUGACAUGAUUGGUGUUGAUGCUGCCAUAGCCAAUGCUUUUCGAAGAAUUCUUCUGGCAGAGGUGCCCUCCAUGGCUGUGGAGAAAGUGCAUGUGUACAACAAUACAUCCAUUAUUCAAGAUGAAGUUCUAGCACAUCGUCUGGGACUUGUUCCUAUUCGAGCAGAUCCACGGCUUUUUGAAUACAAGCAGCCAGGACAAGAUGAUGAAGGCACAGAGCAAGACACUCUUGAGCUUCAUCUUAAGGUGCGGUGUACCAAAAAUGUCAAAGCUCAAGACACCACUGAUCCUAAUCAGAUGUAUGUCAACCACAAAGUCCUUACAAAGCAAAUGGAAUGGAUACCUAAAGGAAACCAAGUGAAUCUGGGUAAUAUUGGGCCAGUUCAUGAUGACAUUCUUCUUGCCAAACUAAGGCCAGGACAGGAAAUUGAUGUUCGGAUGUUUUGUGUAAAAGGCAUAGGGAAAGAUCAUGCAAAAUUUUCUCCUGUUGCCACAGCAACAUAUCGUCUUCUGCCAGAAAUAAAGUUGCUGCGAGAAAUAGAAGGCGAAUCUGCAGAGCGAUUGCAGAAAUGUUUUUCACCUGGUGUUAUUGGACUUUUGCAUAACAAACAUACAGGGAGUAAACAAGCAUAUGUAGCUGAUGCAAGACGAGACACGUGCAGCCGAGAAGUGUUCCGACACGAUGACCUGAAAAAUGCAGUAAAGCUUACACGAGUUCGGGAUCAUUUUAUAUUUUUAGUGGAAUCAACGGGAGCCCUGGGUCCUGAGGUGUUGAUGAGUGAGGCUAUACGGACACUACAGGAAAAAUGUCACACCCUUCUGAGAGCCUUGAGCAAGACAUAGCGUCUCUUGCUGUAAGCUAAACCCUCUAGCUGCAGGGAGAUAAUACAACCAUGCACUGUACCAUCUCUAGGCAUGCACUCAAACAGCAUCUUUUGUAUUGGAGUUCAGUGAUGUUUCAAGAAAACUUUUGUAAAUAAAGAUGACAUUGUGAGAUAAA